AUGGCAGCAUCCCUCCUCAGCACCGCACAGGCAGUCUGGGCGCUGCACCUCCUCCUCGCAGUAUUUUCCGCCGUCGCCAUCGCAUCCUCCGCCCCAGCAGCCGCAGGGGGCUCAGAGAUGUAUGCCGGAAGUCCCGGGGAUAUCCGUGGCGUCGUCGUCGUCCUUGGAUCGUCGGGUCUUAUAGGCGUGGCUAUACUGCAAGUACAGACUGUACAAACAAGAUCGCGCUCAUCUGCCGCCACCAUGGCAUUCUCCGCAUUCACGCUUGAGCAAGGAGUAUGCUCCCCGACGCUACCCGAAGUCCUCCUCCCCACCUGCCCUCUCCUGACAUUUGACCUCUCCCUCCUUCACCUUUUAUCUCUCUGCACAUUCGCGCUCUUGCUCGUUAUACUCUCGAACGCGCUCUCGCCGGGGUAUUACGCGAGCUUGCUGGAGGAUGAGGAGGUUGCUGAAGCGACGGGGGCGGGAAAGGCUACUGGGGGGCAGGGAUUUGUAAUGUGGGAGCUCGCAGUGGGGUCGGAGACGGGUUCCCCCAUCCUCGGACCGAGUAGAGCAGAAGACAGACCGGAUACUGCCUCAACAUCAGUCUCUUACGGCACCCUAUCCCCUACAACUGCUCUUCGCAAUCCUUACGCACCAGAACACACGGAAGCGCAAGAUACAUCAGACCCUCUUUUUCCCCCACCAACCAAGAGAGACAAAUUUGCCGAGGGCAGGCUGUGGACAUACCUUCCGAUGGCCUUGUGUUCGAUAGGCGUGGCAUUCGCGGGGGUGGUGGCCUUGAAUGUCGGGGUCAUGUCGUCGAGUGUCGUGUUUGUGCUUGUGAUUGCUAUCCUCAGCUUGAUUUUCUCCGCCGUCUGCAUCAAAGCACACUUUUCCCGAGAUCAAAAGCCUCUUGAUGGCGACUCUUUCAUCAGCCGCCGUCAAACGCGAGCCAUAGAAGUGGCAGCGGCCUCGACCUUCUUCAUCCUUUGGCCCCUUGCUGCCAUCAUUUACACCCUCCAUCCUUCUACCCCAUAUCUUCCCUGCUCCAACCCUGCUUCGUCCGCCGUCCCCUCGCCCCGCGAAGACGCCGACCUGGAAGAGUCUGCGGCUCUGUGUACGGCGAGUGUAGUAGUCGUGACGCUAGCGUGGGCUGCAGGGUGGAUAGGGCUCAAACGGAUCAUGGGGUUGGUCUUUCCGUUGGCCGAUAUCAAGCCAUCUGUGGUUGGUGAUGCUGAAGGUGCAAGGGGGGCGGGUGAAGAAGCUGCCAGCCUCUUGACCAAGAAGCGGACGCAGUCGAACGCAAAUGAGGUCCGGCGGCCCCAGGUGGGCUGGGGAAGGAUCGUUGCAGGUGAAGCAUUUGAGCUUGGAGAAGACGAGGAUUGUGAAGUGAUACAAUUGUAA